ACACCCUGUAUUAUCUUCUUAUGAAUAAACAUAGAUCUCAUUUAUUCAAGCAUUGGUCCUCUCGUUCUUCUUAUAAAUAUAUACAUAGACCUGGAUCACUAUCACAACCAUAAGUAUCUCAAAGAAAUUAAAGUAUCACAAAUAUGGCAUUGCCUAAUAAUGAUAAUAUUGAAGACAAAAGUAGAGAAGUAUUGGCUGCUCAGGCACACAUAUGGAACCAUACAUUCAACUUCAUCAGCUCCAUGUCACUCAAAUGUGCUAUUGAACUUGGAAUUCCAGAUAUCAUUCAUAGCCAUGGCCGACCCAUGACCCUCUCCGAUUUAGUGAAUGCCCUCCCCAUCAACGUCAAAUCCAAUGGUGAGGAUUGCAUUUAUCGUCUCAUGCGUAUGCUAAUUCAUGCAGGCUUCUUUAUUCAAACCAAGAUUAACGAAGAAGAAGAGGGUUAUUUACUUACUCCGUCUUCACGUCUUCUCCUUAAAGAUGAGCCUGAUUCGAGCAUGAUCCCUUUUAUUCAAUUGGUACUUGAUCCCAUUAUGAUGGAUCCGUGGCACUAUCUCAGCCAGUGGAUCCAGAAUGGCGGGCCUUCUCCCUUCGCCACCGCUCAUGGCAAGCACAUCUUUGAAUAUGCCGAGAAGGCACCAAAAUUUAACCGUAUAUUUAAUGAAGCCAUGGCUAGUGAUGCCCGCUUGGUCGCGAGCGUGUUGAUAAAAAAUGUUAAGGGAAUUUUUGAAGGGUUGAAAUCGUUGGUGGACGUUGGAGGUGGCACUGGAAGCGUAGCUAAAGCUAUUGCCGAAGCAUUUCCACAAAUAAAUUGCACUGUGUUAGAUUUGCCUCAUGUAAUUGAAGGGCUUGAAGGAAGCAAGAACCUAAGCUUUGUGGGAGGAGACAUGUUUAAGUCCGUUCCUUCUGCCGAUGCAAUUUUACUAAAGUGGAUAUUACAUGACUGGGGCAAUGAAGAUUGUAUCAAACUAUUGAACAAGUGUAAAGAAGCAAUUCCAAGUAAGGAGAAUGGAGGAAAGGUAAUCAUCAUUGACAUUGUGAUAUUGGAUAGCCAGAAAGGAGACGAUAAGUCAUAUGAAACUCAACUCUACAUGGACAUGCUUACGAUGGCUGUUGUUUCUGGGAAACAAAAAACCGAACAAGAAUGGGCAAAACUCUUCUAUGAUGCUGGUUUUAGUGACUACAAGAUUCAUCCCAUCUUAGGAUUAAGAAGUGUUAUUGAGGUUUACCCUUAAUCUAUAGGGUUGGACAAAUUAAAUAAAACACCCUACCCUGCAGCGUGUGAAAAUAAUAAUAAUAAUAAUAAAAUCCAGUAAUGUUCCUCUCGUUCCCGUUCCUGUUCUUGUUAUUCGUACGAUGUAUUAUGUGUUAAUAAAAGAACCUCCUUGUACUGUUAUACAUGACAAGUGAGUUAUAUAAUCAUUUUCUACUGAUUUUCAA